GGAAGGUGAUCGAUGGCGAGGAGGACAAUACAUUAUGAACUCCUCAAUAAAUUUCUUAAUUUUUCUACUACUGCUAAGGAACGUGAUUGGUGGGGAGGAAGACGACAAAAGAUGUCGAUGUCGAUGAUGAGAUCUGGACUUCAAGCAGCCCUUCGCAGAGGCGCACGAACAGCUCCUUCGAAAAGGAGCUUCGCUUCCUCUGCUCAACACGAUGAUGCCUAUGAAGCGGAAAAAUGGGAAAAGAUAACUUACGUUGGCAUAGCAGCGUGCACAGUCUUGGCAAUUUACAACUUAUCGAAGCCUCAUCCACACUAUGAAGAGCCUCCUCCAUACCCAUAUUUGCACAUCCGUAACAAGGAGUUUCCAUGGGGUGAGCAUAGCCUUUUUGAGAAGAAACAUAAAGACCAUUGAUGGGCACUCGCAGUAGAUAUCGCUUUAAACAUUAAGAUAUGGUUUCAGGAUGUCUUCAAGAAGCAGAAGCAAGGGGUCUUCGACAGCGACUGCAGGGAGCAAUGGAGAUGGUAUACACAGAAUUAGAAGUUUGGACAGCAUAUCAGGACUUGGUUUUAUGGUUUGAUAAGAGCAGGUCAUGUUGGUCUUGGGAGUUUUUCUCUUUGGUAUUGGAUCUAUCUAUUACUCUUCCACGGUUUGGGUCUGUAAAUAUUUUAAAACAGGAUAUGUUACUUGUGUCUGUACAGUAGGUUGGUCAUAAGGCUUGUGCUGCUAGGUUUAGGGGUUGCGUCUUAGUCCAUGUAAUUUCUGUUCUCUUUCUCAAUGUUAUUUGGAAUCAUGGACAAUGCAUUUUGGCUU